ACGAUUUCCAAUAAGGAAAUGGAAUCGGUGUAGAGUCUGUAGACUUGAGUUAAUUAAUGUUGUCCUUAACUCACAACUCACAAAGUCACUAGUUGACUUACACUUUGAAAAUUCCAUAGAUUUGUAGGCGUAGAACGGUAGAAGUAUCAGCUGUUUAAAUUUCCCAUCUCCAUUCUAUUCCACGAGGAAACUGCACUAUGAUUUACCCCUGAACCUCCCAAGAACUCUCUAUUCUAUUUCCCAAAUAAAAAUUCCCUCUUAUAUAUAUAUCCUCAUCAGUCAUCACUAGCUAGCUCCAUUACAAGUAUCACUAUAGCUUGAUAGUAUCAAUCUUAGUACUAUCUCUCUCAAUAACAAUUCACAACCAUGAUGAAGCAAAAUCAGCAACCAUUCAUCCUAGAAAUCACUGUACUAUCAGCGGAGGGACUCAACACCAACUGUUCGUCCACACUAUUUUCAAGGCGCAUCAGACCCUUCAUCACCUUCAAGACGGUGCCACCUAGUCCGUACAACCACCACAUGAUGAUGGGCAGCAGCAGCAAGGGUGAUAAGAAGUGCCACGUGUACAGAACAAGGGUGGAUGAUGAAGGAGGUACAAAUCCUAGGUGGGGUGACAAAUUUGAUGUCCCUUUAGACCACACCUUCUUUGCCAACAGAUAUUCCACCAUUCAUCUCCAACUCUACACCAAGAGGCUCAUUGUGGGCCAGGCCCAGUUGGGUUGGUUUCAGAUUCCGGUUUACGAUUUCGGGUCCUCUCCGGUUGGGACUGUUCGCUACCUCAGUUACCGACUACGAGCUAGAGACGGUUCUAGGGGUACUGCAAUUGUUAACCUUGCUAUCAAGUUACAAAGUUUUGUCCCGGUUUCCGGCCUUAAUUCAGAUACGUGUCACACGGUUGUUGGUAUACCAGUCACGGUGCUCCCACGUGCUGCAGCUGAGUGCAGUCGUUUAUAGAUGGUGGUUUAGUUGUAAAAACUACACUAAAAUCAAGAGUCUUCAAUGACAUCGAAUGUUUUUGUGUUAAAUUUCUCUCAUAUUCUUGUAACUAUUGAGCUUCAAAAAAGUGUAAAGACUGUUUGGCAA